UGAGAUAUGUAAAGAAUAUCUAUCGGUUAAGUGGCGAUGGAACUAAUUUUCUCCGUUCAUCUUUUUCCCAUCUAAUGGCUCUGAAUCUCUGCCCUCAUCUGCUCCAAGUUCUUCCUGUUUCCUCGGAGAAAAUCCAAAUGGGGAUUCUUAGAAAGGCUUCACCUUUACUCAUCUCAUUAAAAGAUCUCAGAGGGCAAAGCUUUCAUCCGCUUCAUAGCUACAGCAGCGGAGGAGGUGCUUCGGUCUCUGAUGCAGUACAGGAAGAGCAGAUACAAAGCUAUGAAUCGGCCGAAACCGAUAUUUCUGAAACCAAUCCUUCCACUUCGAAGCUUGUUCUCGUAGUUGGAGGAACAGGAGGAGUAGGGCAGCUUAUAGUGGCAUCAUUGCUAAAGCGCAAUAUCAAAACACGACUACUGUUAAGGGAACCUGCAAAAGCGAAAUCUUUAUUUGGUGUGCAAGACGAGAAUUCUUUAAAGAUAUGGAAAGGGGAUACAAGGAAUCCUGAUGAUUUAGAUUCAACCAUUUUCGAGGGAGUUACUCAUGUAAUUUGCUGCACGGGUACUACAGCAUUUCCUUCAAGGCGAUGGAAUGGAGAAAAUACACCCGAAAGAGUAGAUUGGGAUGGGGUGCGGAAUCUGGCAUCAGCCUUGCCUCCAACAUUAAAGAGAAUUGUUCUGGUCUCAUCUGUAGGUGUCACAAAAUUCCAUGAACUCCCAUGGAGUAUCAUGAAUUUAUUUGGCGUUCUAAAGUUCAAGAAGAUGGGGGAGGAUUUCAUUCGAGACUCCGGCCUUCCCUUCACCAUCAUUAGAGCUGGAAGGCUGACUGAUGGGCCUUACACUUCAUAUGAUCUUAAUACAGUGCUUCAGGCAACGGCAGGGAAACGUCGUGCUGUGGUUAUUGGAAAAGGAGAUAAACUUGUUGGUGAGGCUAGCAGAAUUGUAGUGGCAGAAGCAUGCAUACAGGCGCUGGACAUAGAGUUCACUCAGGGACAAAUAUAUGAGAUUAAUUCAAUCGAGGGAGAAGGGCCUGGAAAUGACCCGGAAAAAUGGAGGGAGCUAUUCAAAGCAGCUGAAGAAGAUUAGAUGGAUCAACUGCUGUUUUGCUUUAAGUUCAUUACAAUCAUAUAUAUAUAUAUUCUCAUUUCAGGCCAGAUUUCAAAUCGAGUCGAAUUAUAUUUGCGCAACAAUGGGGCAAACUUAAAAUCCAUUUCGUCUAGAGUGAAAUUCAAAAUUUAAGUGAAAUAGCAUCAUGUCGAGCGAAUUUUAUGUCAAACAAAAAUUGAGCGUACUUCGUGUUUUAAAAUUUUUCUUGCAGAUUCAAACCAGAAGAACUAUUACAUGUUCAAGAUAGAUUCAUAAUGGAUUGCUUCUUCUCAGUUAUGGA